AUGUAUGUGUAUGCAGUGAAGUAUCUGCUGUACACUCCUCCGGAGCCUGUGCCACCACCCCCGUCGCUCUCGGGCCCAAGCAGACCCCCAGCUGUUAUUGUACCUUCGAGCUCGCGCCAGGAACCCUCGAGCUCGCACCAACAAUCUUCGAGUUCACGACAGCAGGCGUCAACGAUCGUACGCAAAAGGUCCUCGAGUCUGUUUAACCAGCCAUCGAGUUCAAAGCAGUACCCGCAACGAGAGAUAGAAGUGGAUGAAAUUAGUAUACCAGACCUUGCCAAGAUCGAAGUCGAUUCGUCAUUCGACAAGGAGACUUCUGGGAUGGAGUGCGAUAGUAUGGAGCAGUCUUGUGAUUUCUCGACGGAGUCUUUGACAUCGAGUAUUUAUCAGUACCGGUAUGAGAACGGACGGAGGUACCACGCGUAUACGGAAGAUAAAUAUAUUCUGCCUAACGACGAAGCCGAGCAAGACCGAUUGGAUAUAUUGCACCAUACGUAUCUUGUCAUGAUGGACGAUCAGCUCACUCUCGCGCCCAUAGACCCGAACCCUCAGAGGAUACUGGAUGUGGGUACAGGCACUGGGAUAUGGGCGAUCGACAUGGGAGAGAGAUAUCCAUCUGCCGAAAUCAUUGGAACCGAUCUCUCGCCUAUUCAGCCCUCAUGGGUCCCCCCAAAUGUUCAUUUCCAGAUUGACGAUGCCGAGUCCGAAUGGACCUUUCCUAAGAACUACUUCGACCUGGUACACAUCCGUCACCUCAGUGGAGCCAUCAAAGAUUGGGAGGCUCUCUAUACCGAGGCCUAUAGACACUGUAAACCCGGUGGUUGGAUCGACAUCGCCGAAUUCGAAAUGGACAUCUUCUGCGACGACGGAACCCUCUCGCCCGACUGCGAGCUCAAGCAAUUCUAUACCCUCGUUUCGCAGGCUACCGCUAUUACUGGCCGCGAAUUCAACAACGCUGCCAACUUUCUCCCCAUCAUUGAGAAGGUUGGUUUCGUUAAUGCGCACCAUACAAUGGUCAAGAUGCCGCUGGGUCCCUGGGCGGUGGACAAGAAGCAGAAGGAGAUUGGCGCGUAUAUAUUACUGAGUACGGAAACUGGUUUCGAGGCGUUUGGAAUCAAGUUGUUUACCCAGGUGUUGGGGAUGGGCGUCGACGAGGCGGGGGCACUCAUCACCGCGGCGCAGAAGCAGGCGACCAAUAAGAGGGUUCAUGUGUAUGGGAAACAUCAUCUUUAUUAUGCGCAGAAGCCGUUGGAUGCGCAGAGUUAG